AUGGGAAUAACGGGUAAUAGACACAACCAUCCAUUCUGGUAUCGUUUCAAUGUUUCACCAAACGACGUAGUUGUUGCGUUUCCCAUAUUCCAAAUUGUCUUCCCUUUCUUCUUCGCCCUAGCUCAGUCUCUCUCUCUCUCUCUCUCUACAUCGCGGUGCGCCGAGCUCCACUGCCGCUUAACGCCACCGCACCAACACCAUGCCACCACCACCACCACCACCACCACCAAAAGGAUUGAUAGCAAAGUUUUGAAUGUCGGGGAAGAGCUGUGGAAAGAAACUCUGCCAUUUCAAAUGGGUUCUCGCCUUUACCAACUGGAAGGGCUUAAAUCACAUAUGUGGUAUGAAGUGAAGAUAUCAUAUCCAGCUUCUAUACCCACGAGCUUUUCUCUACGGUUGACAAGAGGUAAUUCAAGCUUAGGGCAGAAGCGGGGAAGAAAAUUACUCAACACCGAAAAGUUAAUCUUCAAAACUGAUAAUCUGGACUUCUCAAGCGACCAGGGUGUAAUGUUUGUCCUUGUGACUGUGGAGCCUGAGGGGGUUGUUGCAAUACCAAACGUACAAGAGAGAAAAGAAGUCAUUUUUAACAUAGUUUGUGAUGAACUAUUGUUAGGCAUCCCCCGAGCUGCCUGGUGGGUUGCAAUUUUGGUAUUGCUUUGCUUGGGAUUGGCAUUUGUGAUCCCAUAUUUUCUUCCAUCAUAUCUUCUAAGAAUGGACCAAAGCCCACAAUUAGCAAGUGAUAUUAUUUCCAAGGAUUCUUGAACAUGCACCUGUGUUGCUAUUUUGCGGCUUUUGGAACCGUUUGAAUUGGUGAUGAGCAGAGGAUGUCGUAGCUGAGUUUACUGCUAGAGAUUCUUCCAAUCAUUCAAGUUAUAUACAUCUUCGGAAUAUCUCUCUAAAGCGGCUUCUAGAAAUGGGUGAAAGGAGCUCCCACAUCUACCUUUCUUAGUCGUCGUCAUCUUCUUUGUUUGUGAAAACAGAGGAUCUGAAAUAUGCAAGUGCUUACCCAUAUAAUUCAGCUAAUCGAUUGUUUUUUUCUGCUUGAGCUUUUUAACUGAUGUUUGUUUUUGAUUUUGUGCUUUGUUAGAGUGAAGCUAUACGAUUAAUUUUUGCAUACAAUUCUCAUAUAGAAAGUUGUGGCGUUAUAUGGUCCUUUAAAUUCAUUUUACAUCAAAAUGAGGAGCUUCUAAAUAUACCAACUUCAUUUAUCUUUA